AAUGUACCAAGUGGUGAGGGGCGCUCAGGGCACGCUCCGGGGAUUUGACAGUGAUCGACCAAAACAACAACCACCGCAAGAAACUCUCCUGUCAUUAGUGGGCUCUUCUAAUUCUGUAAAAAUUGGAAUUGGGGGAGAGGUGUCCCCUUUUUAAAAUUUUGGUACAUUCCUCCCAAUCCGUUCUGAAGCACCUGCUUAUCAAAUCAGCUACGAAAGCUUGAGAGGGCCUCAAAGUCUUUGCCGCGUUGUUUCCUAGGUGAACGCGCCAGUGCUUUUUUUUUUUCUUCCUUUCCUGACAGGAGCUGCUACGGAAGCCUGCGAGGGUCGUAAAUCCUCCCUCGGAGUUGUUUCCUAGGCGAGCGCGCCAGUUCUCUUCCGUCAGCGCUGCCAACGUGGAGCCGGGUGAGGAAGGCGGAAGUCCUCGAGGAGGAGGCAGGCCAUGGAGGGCGCCCGGGAGGAGAAGGGCAAGAUGGUUGAUUCUACCUUAGCAGAAAUGGGAAAGAAUCUCAAUGAGGCUAUGAAGCUGCUUGAAGAUAAUCAAAGGAAAGUGGAGGAAGAAAAUGAAAAAAAGUAUACAAGAAAAGAUAUUCCUGGUCCACUUCAAGGCAGUGGGCAAGACAUGGUAAGCAUUCUGCAGUUGGUUCAAAACCUUAUGCAUGGAGAUGAGGACGAAGAAUCACUACAGUCUUACCGGCUUCAGAAUGUUGGCGAAAAGGGUCACAUGGCUCUUUUAGGACACAGCCUGGCGGCUUACAUUUCAGUGCUGGACAGAGAGAGGCUGAGAAAACUUACAACUAGGAUCCUUUCCGAUACAACUUUGUGGCUUUGUAGGCUCUUCAGAUUUGAAAACGGCUCAGCAUAUUACCAUGAAGAUGACCGUGACGGCAUUCUAAAAAUCUGCAGACUUGUUAUUCAUUCACGCUAUGAAGACUAUGCUACCGAAGGCUUUAAUGUACUAUAUACCAAACAACCAGUGAUAUACAUUAGUUCUGCAGCCAGGUCCGGCUUAGGCCAGUCUCUUUGCAAUCAGCUUGGCUUACCCCUCUCGUGCAUGUGUCAUGUGCCUUGUAACACUAUGUUUGGUUCUCAGCAUCAAAUGGAUGUUGCAUUAUUGGAUAGACUGAUUAAGGAUGACAUUGAAUCUGGGAAGCUGCCAAUAUUACUAGUGGCCAAUGCUGGUACGCCAGGAGCAGGCCAUACUGACAAGCUGGGCCGAUUGAAAGAACUCUGUGAGCAGUAUAGUAUGUGGCUACAUGUAGAAGGGGUAAACUUGGCCACCUUGGCUUUGGGCUACGUCUCCUCAUCUGUACUGACAGCCACGAAAUGUGACAGCAUGACCCUGACUUUAGGGCCCUGGCUGGGUCUCCCGGCUGUACCCGCAGUGACGCUUUACAGACACGAGGAUCCGUCUUUGUCUUUAGCAGCAGGCCUGACCUCCAGCCAGGCAGUGGACAAGCUCCGUGCUCUGCCCCUAUGGCUCUCCUUGCAAUAUCUUGGACACAACGGGAUUGUUGAAAGGAUAAAGCAUGCAUCUCAGUUGAGUCAAAGACUGUUGGAAAACUUGAAGAACCAGGAUUUCAUUAAAACCUCGGUUGAAGAUGAACUUAGCUCUCCUGUGGUGGUUUUCAAAUUUUCCCCAGAAUAUCUGCAUAAAGAUUCAGAUCACAUGUUACAAACUACACAAAUACCUCCAAUGACUGGAAAUGAGAGAUAUAUCUGUGAUACUUUUAAUCAGUGGCUGGGAGACCAGUUGGCCCAGUUGGUGCCUGCCAGUGGGGUCGACAUUGUGGAACUGGAGGAUGAAGGCACCUGUGUGCGUUUUAGCCCAUUAAUGACUUCUGCAGUUUUAGGAACAGAAGUGCAAGAUGUCGACCAGCUGGUGGACUGCUUGAAAAUGAAGGUCCCGGUGCUGACCUGCACCCUGCAGCUAAGAGAUGAAUUUGAGCAAGAAGUGAGAAGGACCACCAGCCUGACUUUUGUUGAAGAUCUCAGCUGGCCUGGACUUGGAAUCAUUAGGUAUGAGGGACAGAAUGAAGACAAACAAGAAAAAGACUUAGAAAAGAUUAACAGUGGACUUCUGAAAAAACUGAACGAGCUAGAAUCAGAUCUGGUGUUUUCUUUAGGUCCAGAAUUUGGAGGGGAGAAAAACUGUAUUUAUAUUGGGAUGGCCACAGAGGAUCUGGAUGUUUCUGAGCUCGUUGAGACUAUUGCAGCAACAGGCCGUGAAAUUGAAGAAAAUUCAAGGCUGCUGGAAAACAUGACCGAAGUUGUUCGGAAAGGCAUAGAGGAAGCGCAGGUUCAGCUGCAGAAAGCGAAUGAGGAAAGGCUCUUGGAAGAGGGCCUGCUCCGACAGAUCCCUGUAGUUGGCUCUGUGCUGAACUGGUUUUCCCCGUUCCAUGCUUCACCGAAGGGACAAACAUUUAACCUGACAGCGGGUUCUUUAGAGUCAACAGAAUCAACAUACGCUUCUAAAGCACAGGGCAGUGGGACCACCCCACCUCCAACCCCGACUUCAAGCCGUAAUAAGCAAAGGUAUCCUGGACAAAAGCGGUUUAGGAGGUCUUUGAGGAACUCGGACACGUUCAGUGAGACCAGCUCUGUGAGUCACAUUGAUGACUUGGACCGUGGAGAACCGCGGUGGCCCAGCGCUUCCCCAGUUGGGCAAGAAGGAAGUCCUGAGCCGGCAGAGCAGAGCGGGCCUCUGGCAACGGAAACAACGAUGGAGACCCCAGCAGGGAAGCCCCCGACUCUGGUGGGAGCCAAUGGCACUCAAUCAGAACAAGAAGUGAGUUUAAGAUAAAAACGGAGACUCUGCAUAUGAUGGCUUUGUACAGAAAUGCACUCUCUAUAGCAGGAUCAUUUAACAAGACAUUUCAAAUGUCAACGGUGCCACAGUUAGUGAAGGAAUACCAACUGUUAAUACACAAAUGGAGAUCUGGUACAGAGGCUAGCAAAAGGAUGGUUUCCUCUUCCUGUUUGCCUUCUUUGUGGGGUUUUGUUUCCACUCUACACUCUAAUGAUGGUUCCUCAUCCUUUGUUCAUAUUGUCAAGGGUUGUGUUUGCAUAGCUUUGCCCCUUUGCAACUAACAGUGAGGUCUUGACUCCAGGCAGCAUCUUAAUGAAGGAUUUUUUGGGGGUAUUUUUCAAAAUAUAUUUUAUUCUGACAUCUCUUGGGUUAUUUUCAUUUGAAUUAUUACUUUCACUCGAUGCUUUCUGGGAAGAUGUAUAUUAAAAUGGGUUUAAAUCUGCUCAAUAACCCUGUCGAUUUCAGCUCUCCUAUUUUGAAAUGAUUGCAAUUAUCAUCACUGACCUUAUAUUUGUGUUUCGAAAUGCUCCAAAUUCUCCACGAUUUAGCCUCAGGUGAUGCCUGGGCACUGCUUAUGGAAUGUUUUAAAUCUCCCGGCUGCAGAAUUACAGAAGUCUUAUCAAGAUAGUAUGAAAUCUUACCUAACUGAAACGGCCGACUUGCUAAAUACGUCAUUCCUCACUGUUAGCUGCUGCUGCUGGGAACCCAUAGUUUAGUCUUCCCUGGGUUUUUUUUUUUUCCUGCUUUAAGGGCCACUUAGAAGCAAACCCAGGAGGGAAAUGCUGCAUUUACAGUAAUGAUCACCCCCCCCCCCCAAAUUCUCUUAUGCAAGACUUUUGUGAAGCACUUGAAUUAACCUGUUGCAUGUCUGUGAUUUUCCCUGUAUCCUUCUUCUUAUGGAUUUUUCUCACCAGUAGCUCUUCCCUUUGUUUGAUAUUGUAAAUAUCCAGAGAAAUUAUUAGAUUAUAUACACUACUGCACUAUUUAAAAAAGGAAAAAAAAUCUUAGGCUGCUACUGUAAAUCCAAGAACAAGUAAUUUGGGAAUUGAUUUCUUCCUCAGAUGAGGAGUUACACCUUCACAUUUACGACUGUUGAGCCUGCACCUUGUCCUACAAAGGGACAAAAGUAACCAUAAUUGUAAGAGUGAGUUGCUAUGAGCCAACCCAGGCAUGGGCAAGUUUCGUCCCUCCUUCCAAGUGUUUUGGACUUCAACUCCCACAAUUCCUAACAGCCUCAGGCCCCUUCCUUUUCCCCGCUUUCGCUUAAGCGGCUGAGGGGGAAAAGGAAGGGGCCUGAGGCAGUUAGGAAUUGUGGGAGUUGAAGUCCAAAAAACUUGGAAGGAGGGACAAAGUUUGUCCAUGCCUGAUCCAACAUGUUAGACCUAGAUGAUUUCUAUUGAAAUUGCCACGUUUCAACAUGGCUGCUUCCCCUAAAAGGGAGCUACCUACAUCCCUCUACUCUAUUAUUAAUGAAGGACUUUCCUGUAGGUUAGUAGUUAUGACUUCCUCUUUGUGGCCACAGUUGUGUUUCCGAAAAGUACCGAAUGUAUCCGGAAAUUAUUUUACAGGAAUCGAGGGGAUGGGGGAGGGAAGUGCAGAGGAUGUGCAUCCUUUGUCUAUAAAAUGCCAUUGUCCAAAUUUUGCAAUGAAAUGAUUCGAUACAUUUGGAAUUGUGCAUCAUAUUCAGCCAACAAUGUGCUGUCACCUAGAACUCAUUUUUGAUUUGGUACCUUUUGGAAACUAGCUCCACAACCGAGUCCUAUGAAAUGGGAGAUGUAUUACACUUGGUGGCAAUGCUUCUAUUUUGCCCUAAAACAGUGGUUCUCAAUCUGUGGGUCCCCAAGUGUUUUAUUUAUUUAUUUAUUCCAGAUAUUUGUACCCCACCCUUCUCAAACCCCGGGGGGGGGGUGAGGGGGGACUCAGGGUGACUUCCAGCCAGCAACAAUUCGAUGCCCCCAAUGUACACAUAAUAAAAUCCAAUAAUUACAUACAUUUAAAACAUUAAAUCAUAUUAAUUAACUAAAAUCUUGUUCUGUUUCAGUAACAGCCUAGUGGUUUUGGCCUACAACUCUCAAAAACCCCAGCCAGUUUACUAGCUGUUAGGAUUUCUGGGAGUUGAAGGUCAAAACAUCUGGGGAUCCACAGGUUGAGAAUAACUGCCCUAAAAUGAUGGUUAUAGGUGGAAGUAGAAUGGGGAACUUCAGACAUAUAGGCAGUUCCUGGCAACAACCAUUCUUGUCCUCAUCCAAAUAAGCCCAUUUUUCAGAGCUCAGCCACAAUGGGGUUGUAAUACCCUCUGAAACAUUUUGUUAAUUGAUUUAAAUCACCAACACACCCACCGGGUUGGUGCCGCUUGUACAGUCCAGUCACUCUCCUCUUCGAUAUAAGACAUUGGUAAAUAUCCAUUUAAAUGUGACGAGGUUUACAAUAAGUUCACUUUGUUUCUCUAGAUAAAAAGUUGAUAUUUAAACUGCAGAUUAAAUUAGUGUCUUCCUUAACGUUGGUGCAAUUAUUUAAUUAAAUAAAGUCCAAUUAUAUUCACAUGGUUUCCUCAAAAGGAAAGGGUUAUAGUUAUAAUCAUUAAUACAGAUUUUAAUGUUUUUAUACUGUUGAAUGGGCAGUUUUGCUGGAAUAAAGACCUACAUUUCAGUACUUUCCCUGUGCUUCAAUAAAUGUUCUUGAAAUA